GGGUCGGGUAGGAGCGCGAGACCAGGUGGCGGCGGCGGAGUUGAGGGGCAAGAUGCAGUCGUCGCCACGCGCUGCAUCGGUGCUCCCGGGAUUCCGCGCCCUCUGCGGGCGUCCGUCCUGAUCUCCUGGCACCUGGAGGUGGGGAGUGGGAAGGGUGGGGAAAGGUGUCUGUCCCACCGUUUGCGCCUUCUGCUCCCCUUGGCCUUCCACGAGCUCCCCAGAAAGUCGCGAGGCUGGGCCCAGGAAAAAAGAGGCCAGGAGAGACAACGUCCCAGGAUAUCUCUGGUGAUCGUGAAAGAGCCUGUAUCAUGGAAUCAAUCUCUAUGAUGGGAAGCCCUAAGAACCUUAGCGAAACUUUUUUGCCGAAUGGCAUAAACGGUAUCAAAGAUGCAAGGAAGGUCACUGUGGGUGUAAUUGGAAGUGGGGAUUUUGCCAAGUCGCUGACGAUUCGACUUAUUAGAUGUGGCUAUCAUGUGGUUAUAGGAAGUAGAAAUCCCAAGUUUGCUUCCGAAUUUUUCCCUCAUGUGGUAGAUGUCACUCAUCAUGAAGAUGCUCUCACAAAAACAAAUAUAAUAUUUGUUGCCAUACAUAGAGAACAUUACACCUCCCUUUGGGACCUGAGACAUCUGCUUGUGGGUAAAAUCCUGAUUGAUGUGAGCAAUAACAUGAGGAUAAACCAAUACCCAGAAUCCAAUGCUGAAUAUUUGGCUUCAUUAUUCCCGGAUUCCCUGAUUGUCAAAGGCUUUAAUGUUGUCUCGGCUUGGGCACUUCAGUUAGGACCUAAGGAUGCCAGCCGGCAGGUCUAUAUAUGCAGCAACAAUAUUCAAGCUCGACAACAAGUUAUUGAACUUGCCCGUCAGCUGAAUUUCAUUCCUGUUGAUUUGGGAUCGUUAUCAUCAGCCAGGGAGAUUGAAAAUUUACCCCUGCGACUCUUUACUCUCUGGAGAGGGCCAGUGGUGGUUGCCAUAAGCCUAGCCACCUUUUUCUUUCUUUAUUCCUUUGUCAGAGAUGUGAUACAUCCAUAUGCUAGAAACCAGCAGAGUGAUUUUUACAAGAUUCCUAUUGAGAUUGUGAAUAAAACCUUGCCCAUAGUUGCCAUUACUUUGCUGUCCCUGGUAUACCUAGCAGGUCUCCUGGCAGCUGCUUAUCAGCUUUAUUACGGCACCAAGUAUAGGAAAUUUCCGCCAUGGUUGGAGACCUGGUUACAGUGCAGAAAACAGCUUGGAUUACUAAGUUUUUUCUUCGCUUCGGUCCAUGUUGCCUAUAGCCUCUGCUUACCAAUGAGAAGGUCAGAGAGAUACUUGUUUCUCAACAUGGCUUAUCAGCAGGUUCAUGCAAAUAUUGAAAACUCUUGGAACGAGGAAGAAGUUUGGAGAAUUGAAAUGUAUAUCUCCUUUGGCAUAAUGAGCCUUGGCUUACUGUCCCUCCUGGCAGUCACCUCUAUCCCGUCAGUGAGCAAUGCUUUAAACUGGAGGGAAUUCAGUUUUAUUCAGUCUACACUUGGAUAUGUCGCUCUGCUCAUAAGUACUUUCCAUGUUUUAAUUUAUGGAUGGAAACGAGCUUUUGAAGAAGAAUACUACAGGUUUUACACCCCACCAAACUUCGUUCUUGCUCUUGUUUUGCCCUCAAUUGUAAUUCUGGGUAAGGUCAUUUUACUUCUUCCAUGUAUAAGCCGAAAGCUAAAGAGAAUUAAAAAAGGCUGGGAAAAGAGCCAAUUUCUAGAAGAAGGUAUUGGAGGAACAGUUCCUCAUCUCUCACCAGAGAGGGUUACAGUAAUGUGAUGAUAAAUGGUGCUCAUUGAUGUCAUAUAGAGUUCCACUCAUCCCAUUGUUUUUAUGACUUCCUUUAUGUUCAUUUGCAAGUGCACUGUCACAUUGAUGUGGGCUGAAAUCUGUCCAGUAAGAUCUCAACCAAAUUAGUGGUAGGAUUUUCUUGAAAUUAAUUUUCACAGAUGUCUUAUUUUGGCAAUAUGAAUUUUUGUUGUCAACUUGUCUAUUUUGUUUUACACAACCAUAACACUCCUGUUAUUUUUAACAAACUGUAUUCCAUAAUCAGGCAAAGAUAUUUCUGGUUAAUAAUAUAGAUACAACAUAAUGUUAAAAAAAACCAACAACUUGCAAACCAGCAGAAUUUUAAGUUUUAAUAUAAUUUAAUGGAUAUGUAUUUUUUUCUGAAGCUUACCUAAGGUUUUGUUAUUCAGCUCAAGAAAUAGAAAUGCAUAAUCAUACAUUAACUUUAAGAAAGGUCACAUUACAUUAGCAUUUAGGUAAGGGUAAAUGAUAACAUUCCUAUAUUUUUCUCAUAAGAUCGAUUUUGAAGAACGUAAUUAAUUGUAUGAACCAGUGUGAUCUGUGAACAAACACAAAUUGAAAACUGAUUCUGAAAUUAUAUUUGAAAUACAAUGGAGACAUGAAAUGCAUACUGAUAAUAUGUACCUCAUGAAAGGUUUUUUUCUUAUCUUGUUAUAGAGCAGUUUCAUUUGCAUGCUAUUAUGUUGGGGAGGGAGAAGACCAUACUAUUUGGCUUCCAAAAGUGAUUUUUCUAAUAUGGUACCAAGCCUGAGAAUCUUACAGCUAUUUCCAGUUAAAGGGAAGGUGUGAGGUUUACCCACCAGUAGUUGUUGUCAGCUGAUCUACAUUGUUGCAUGUUGGCCAGUCCCCACUCUCUCUGCUAUAAGAUUUUACUGACACUCACUGAGGGAUAGUAAUAUUCCAGGCAGUACUCUAAGCACUUUACUUGUAUUAUCCCGCGUUAAUAUUUACAGCCCCGUGACAGAAGUAGUUAUUAUCCUCAUUUUACAUAUGAGAAAACAGAAGGAUACUCUUCAGUUACUCAGAAGGAUAGAAAAGUAAUUUGCCCAAGGUCAUGCAGUUAGUAAGAGCAGAGCCAGCAUUCAAGCCUAGGCAGCCCGAUUUCAGAGGCUCCGCUUUUAACCGUCAGGCUGAUGGCCCCUGCUCUGUCCCCAUGCGUUACCACCGUGAUGCCAAUCAAGAUGCUUCCUCUUUUGUCAGUAAAGGCAUUGAUAUUCUUUACAGUGUGUUGUGGGUAUAAAAAAUUUAUGAAAAUAUUACAGUCAUAAAUUGAUGAUUGCUUGUGGGAUAAUCUGCAGUUCCUUACCUUGCAAAAGGAUCUUGCCUGGGACAUGACCCUGGAGACCCAUGGCCGUCCAUACGAUUCCCUGUAUAGUGAGGGACUCCAGCAGAGACAGGACCGUGGCAGUUUUAAUGAAUGGCUGAGGUCCUACACAAUCCUUAAAAAUCCCUGUAGAGUUGGUCAUCUCUUUUUCUCUUCCUGAGAAGUCCUCCUGCCUGUUCAACCAUUCAUUAGGGAGCAGUUUGCAAGCAUGAAGGAUAUUAAGAAAAGUGGUUAAUUAUACAUCUACUCUAGAGACAUAUAAUCAUACAAAUUAUUCAUAAAAUUUUUCAGUGCUGACAUUCCACAUUAAAAUUGCAUUUUGUUCAAACCUUGAUUAGAAUGCCCGACAUUUUUUUCCCAUUUGUUCUUUCCUUAUUAAACUAGAAAGUUGCAGAUAAGAUACAAGUACAUGCAUUAUGUAAUUAUACAUCCUGAAAUUAUAACAUUUCUAAACUUACCUACUGAGGUACUACUGAAUGCAGCUGCCAAAACAGAGUUUCGGUUUGGUGGGCAGAGGGAGAGAGAGAGAAUCUUAAGCAGACUGCACACCCAGGGGCCCAAUGUGGGGCUUGAUCUCACGACCCUGAUCAUGCAUGACCUGAGCCAAGAUCAAGGGUCGGAUGCUUAACCAACUGAGCCACCCAGGCAUCCCUAGAAGGACUUUUAUUUAAUGGAAGCUACCUUUCCCACAAUUGGCUCUUUCCCUACUGCUGCACCCUGUCAAUUUGGUAAAUCAUUCAUGAUUCUCUGGUGUUCUCUUCUUGGUAAAUUUAA